UAGUGAAGUCAGCGUCAGAAGGUUAGCAAAACAUUUUAGCAAAAACGUUUUCUUAUUCUGAAAAAUAUUUAUGUUCUACUGGAUUUAUUUUGUUUUUAAAACGUGGUGAUAAAAUAAAUAGUUCACGAUGUCGAAAAAGACUCCUCGUAAACGCAAAAUAAAUGCUGUCACUGAUGAGGAAUUAAUGCCACCUCCACAAAUGCCAGUAUCGAAAAAACAUAAAUCAUCAAAACAUGCAUCGACUCAUAAUGUAAGCGGAAUAAGCGACAUAAGCAACAUUAGUAAUGGUAACACACUUCAAACACAAACGAAAUGUGGACCACUAUCAAUUAUUUUUGAAAAAGCGCAAGAAAAUGAACCACUUCACAAUAAGUAUUUCAAAGAAUUAACUAACAUCUACGAAGAUAAAUUGGAUCAUGCCAAUUUUAUGAGAUUUUUUUUGAAUGGUAUACGCAUCUGGAUGAAAAUGGAUGAAUCAAACUCGUAUGCCAAUGUUGGUUUGGGAUUUUUGGCAAAGUAUCUGUCCUCACUGCGAUGUGAUGAUUCCGAUACCAUUACGCAUCCAAUUCUAAAGUCUACAUUUGACUUUUUGCUAAAACACAUUAGCUUGAUCACCAAUGUACGUUUUCGAAUUUGUCAAUUCGUUAAUUUACUGCUGGCAUCAAUGAGCUCGGAAGCUAAUAUUGAUGACGACAUCUUUGAUGAAAUUUUACGAUACAUGAGUGAUAGAAUGAAAGACAAUUCACCAUCCGUUCGUGUGCAAGCAGUAUAUGCACUGCAGCGCCUUCAAAUACCAGAAAAUCCAGAUGAUAGUGUCGUUCGUUUAUAUUCGUACCAUUUGAGUAACGAUCCAUCAGUUUUAGUUCGAGAGGCUGUUCUUAAGUCGAUUGGCCGUAACGCAAAAACUGUUGAAAUUAUACUUCAACGCUUAUGGGAUGUGGAUGCACGUGUACGACGACGCACCUACCUACAAAUGAGCAGUCAUCCUGUUAAAAGUUAUCAGGUUAUUCAACGUUUGAUGUUACUUGAACAAGGAUUAAACGAUCAUUCAGAAUCGGUUCGAAAAAUCGUUCACAGUGUCUUGUUACCGCAAUGGCUUCAAUCAUACAAUCGACAAUACUUACAGUUGAUAUCAGCAUUGAAAUUGGACGCAACUACAGAAGAAAUUCAACGGUUUGUAAAAAUCACGAAGAAGGCUUUGUUCAUUUUAUUCAAAAACGACUCAAUUGACCAAUUAAUUGAUCAAUUGCCGCUAAGUAGCAAUGGUGAAUUUAUAAUGUGUAUACCAUUUGAGAAUUUGACAGUUGAAUCGGCUGUAUUUUGGUUAGCUAUUGUGGAAUUUAUUCAGCAAACCGAUACAAACCAAGAUGAUGAAGAUCAAUUACAGCAUGUAAUUUGUGAACUGUCAACAUUUUGCGAGUAUCUUUCAAAAUACAUAAACUAUAUAAGAGAAGCAGCAACUGAAGACUCUGAAUCAUGGAACGCUCAAGAGAAUCAGUACAAGCUGCAUAUUCUUAUUGAUAUUUUGAUGAAAUUUGAUUUAGGCGAUGAGAUUGGACGACAAAAUUUGAAUUCGUUCGUUUCCAAAACACUUUCCACUCAAAUACUUGGUGAAAAUGUGGUACAAAAGCUAGUUCAUUGUGUAGAAAAUCUAAUUCCUGAUUCAAAUGCUCGAUUGCAAUACUUUAUUGAUAUUAUAAGAAGCAUUAUUGAACCCAGCUCAUCGAUUGACGUGUCAGAUCCAGCAAUAACAACACUGAUAGACAGUAUCAAUGAUCCUGAAAUUAAAGUGAACAUCGGUCAAAAGAAAUUGCGUAUAAUGGAAUUGCGAGAACAAGAAAAUGAAUUAUCAAAAGCCAAAGACUAUGAAACGUUGGAAAAAGUCACUGAACACUUGGCAGCACGCAACGAAGAGUUUCUGACUAUUCUUAAUGAAUAUACAUCGACCAAUAAUUCUGAAUUAAAUAACACCAUUUUAACAUCACUGAAUUCGAAAAAAGUGUCGAAAGAAUCAAUUUUGCAUUGUCUUGAGAUCUGUUUCUUUACUGUUUGUUCAAAAUGCACAAUAUCGUUGACACCAAAUAUGUUCAAAUUGUACGAGGACUUUGUACAACGGCAUUUGAAAUCACAGCAUAUGGAAAUUCGUGAUCGAGCCCUUAAAUGUGGCAUUGCAUUUAGCAUGUUGUAUCAGCCAUUGGCAAAGGAUGUAUACGAAGAGCUAUAUCUACAGUUUGUGCUUCAUUCUAAUCCGCGUCUAUGGACAACCGCUGUCAAUGGUAUUUGUGAAAUGUUUGAUAGAUAUGGGAUUGAAUAUUUUACGUAUGAUACGGAUAGUGAAAAGCAGGGCAGUUCGAAGCCGAAGAAAACUCGUCAGCUUUACAAUGUGUCAUGUGAUCCAGAUGAUGAAGAAGAAAGCCAAGAUACAGGCAAAAAUGGUACGAAUGUUAUGUACUUGUUUGCACAUUUAUUCGAUACUUGUGUUGAUACGGAAAUAAAUAUGGCAUUAGCGACUGGAUUUUGUCGGUUGAUUUUGGGUGGACAUUAUGAAACAAGUGAGCUAAUAUCAAAGAUUAUUCUCAAGUUUUUCAAUCCAAAAACGCGCACUGAAAUCAACCAAAUCCUCAGUGUUUUCUUUGAAACACUUAUUCAACGCGGCAAGCAAUCGUGUUUGGAAAAAGCUCUACUUCCAACCGUUUUCACUAUAUUGGAUGCACCACAUGAAAGUCCUUUACGUGAAAUCAAAGUUGAAUCAGUUAUCAAAUUUAUCAUCAACACAACGAUGCCUACUUCACACAAUUCCAACACAAAUAUUCACAAUGCGAUUGCAAGAUCAUUUUUGAAAUAUAUGCAUGAUCAUUUAUCGAAUAAGGAAUUGCUUAAGAUAUUAUCAAAAGAAUUACAAACGUUGGACAUCGAUCCGAGUCCAGCAAUGAAAGAUGUACUGAUAGAAUUGGCUGAAAAUUUAUUGAAAAUAUCAAUUAACGAUAGCAAAGUUGAGGGUUACAUCAAAGAUUUUGUGGAUGUAUUAUCGGGCAACGUAACAAAACAAAAUCGAUCAGAAAUUAACUUAGAUGAUGUGGGAUCCGAUGAUGAACAGUCAGUUGACGAAAACGUUGAAAGAAAUCCGAUUGACGAUUGCGUUCAAACCGUUCCCAAUCAACCAGACUCAACGAGUCAAUCAGCUAUAAUCGAUGCUAACAAUUCAUCAAUGCAAAUAAUACCAUCUCUGGAAAGAGAUCACACAAAAGAUCGCGUAGAAAAUGCAGAUAAAUCUCAAAAUAACAUUUUUUCAUCGGAUGAAGAAAGUUUUGUAAGCAGUGCCAGUAAAUCAACUACUAAAACAAGAGGAAAGCAAGUCACCUCACCAUCAAAGAACACCAACAAAAGGAACUCAACUCAACGUAAAGAUAUGCCAGAUGAGAAUGAAAACUGUGAACGCGUCGUUACAUCAACUCAAGAGCAAUCUGAUGAUGAAGUUAUUCCAAAUACUCCCACCGCUUCUCCUGUCGUUCGCUCUAGAACUUUACGAAAAGAACAAAAUCCAAAGAACAAUGAUAAGACCAAAUCUGUUACCCAAAAGAGCUCUACCAGAAAAAAUACCACGCCAAAAUCAAGUCCGGUUCCACCUCAAGAAGGUAGAAAACGUCAUCGGCUUUCACAUGCUCAUGUGAGAUUAGAACGACUAAAUCUUGAUACAAGUGAAAAUGUGAUAGUGCAUCGAACUCGGAAUGCGCUGGUCGCUGAAUUCAAAGACAAAAAUAUCAUGACUCGUAAUCGAAAAUCUUUGGACCAAAUCAAGAGUCCGACCCAACGUAUGGAGCACUUGAAAAAAUUGACACCAAAAUCCACCGGGAAGACGUCGAAGAACAAUACGUUGCCAUUGUCACCAUCUGUAACGCCACUGCCUAAACGAAGAAGUGUCUCAGAUCGAUCAUCACCAAUACCUGUGAGUCUGAAGUUGCUUGGCGAAAAUACUGCUAGUGUUGCAAGAGUAAAUAUUCGACAAUCUAAAAUUCCAACUCGAGCCGCGUCUACUUCCAUAUCAUCAUCAUCAUCAUCAUCAUCAUCCUCGAGCACACGGACGACAAAUGGCCGAGUGAGCAAUUCAUCAUCACAAACAAACACAAAAUCUAGGCUCCCCAGACGAAAAAGCAAUCGCAGCACAUCUCAAAUAUCACUAAGGAAAAAAUGAUUUUGAUGAAUGAAUGAAAGUGUUGUUUGUAUACUUGUCAUGAAAGUUAGAAAAAUAGUAAAUUUAAGCUUUGUUUUUUGUUUAAAAACAGAAUCCAACUACAAAUACUUCUUUUUAAAAAUAGUAUUCAUUAUUCUCAUUAUUUUUCAGUGUUUAAUGCAAUCAAGAUAGAUAGAGAGAUAGAUAAGAUGAAUAAAGUCAUUUUUAUAAGAUGAUUUGCUGCAAUCAACUAGGAAUCUUUUGUCGGGAUUAUUUACAAUUUCUAUCCAUCUUGAAAUAAGCUUUUCAGUUUUUCUUUUUUUAAGUAAAAUUUAUUAGAAGAUCAUUUUUUUGUAAUGAAAAAUACAAACAACAACCUUUAUUAUUUUUUAUUUAGAAAACCAAAUAAUAGAUAGGUUUAAAAAAAUUACAUUUUCUUGAAGUUCUUCUUUAAUAUUCAAUGCAAAUAACUCAACAUAUACGAAUCAUUCACAGGCAAUAAUUUAUGUUUGGCCUGUUGCUAUAGCAACCGAUAUACACAACUGAAGAUAUACAAACAUAAUAACAUACUAUCCUCUGUAGUACAUGGACAAGCAACGCACGUAUCAGAGUAAUUGUAAGAAAAAACAAAAUUGUAAAAAAAAAACAAUUUUAUUGAUAACAUUAAAGUAUUUGAAAAUAAAAAUGUGGCAUCAUUUUGCAUCAACAGAA